AAGAUGGCGAAAGUCACUCCCAGUCAGACUGACAGUGCCUUCGUCUGUUUUUAAUCAUUUUUAAACAAUAAAGCAACAAUUACAAAGAUGUCAAAUCGUGAUCCUGACAAUUUAAUGGUUACAAAUGUCGAUAAAUUUGAUUAUUUAUUUAAAAUCGUUUUAAUAGGCGAUUGUGGCACGGGAAAAACUUGUGUCGUUCAAAGAUUUCGAUCUGGAAAUUUUAUAGAAAGGCAUGGAAGCACGAUUGGAGUUGAUUUUUCACUUAAAACUGUUAUAGUCGAUGGUAAAAAAGUUAAGCUGCAAAUCUGGGACACAGCUGGCCAAGAAAGGUUUCGAACUAUAACUCAAAGUUACUACAGAUCUGCUAAUGGUGUCAUCGUAGUUUACGACAUUACGAAGCGUUCUACGUUUUUAAAUCUUCAGCGAUGGGUUGAAGAAGUUCGCAGAUACGCUUCGUCUCACGUUUUAUUAAUUUUAGUCGGCAACAAAAAUGAUUUGGAAGACUCGAGAGAAGUGGAAAAAGCAGAAGCUGAUGCUGUUUGCGAAUAUCUCCCUGAAGUUUUGAGUGUCGUCGAAACUUCAGCCAAAGAAAAUACAAACAUCGAUUCGAUAUUUUUCUCUCUUGCCUCAGAACUAAAGCGACGUUAUGAAAAUCGUCAGAUCAACGCAGCCGAAGACGAAGUCAUAAAACUUGGAAGUGGUCGUGAACUUUCAUCCUGUUCCAGCUGUUCGUAUAAAAUACUUUAAUUUACAAAUUAUCAUUUAUUUUUAAAAACGAAAAACAAAUGACUAAAGCACCAUCAUUCGACACGAAAUCGAAAAAAAAUAAUAACAAUUAAUCUAAUUAAAUUAACGAAAUGUACCUGAAUUGACGCAAAGUCCCUAAAAUAUAUUUAUAUUCUAACUUAUUA